AUGUGGAUCCUCGAGUCAAAUGGAGACUUCCUCCAGGGCAAACGCAUGUGGCUCAAGCCUGGCCAGCGAUACCUGUUUGGAAGAGUGAGAAAAGAGGGGGUUCUAUUUGCAAUUGAUCACAAGACAGUCUCGAGGAAGCAUUUUGUUAUUGAGGUGGACAAUGUCAAGGAAGGUGAUGCGGGACAAAUCCACGCAAGAACAAAGAUCAGAAUCAUCGACCAAAAUUCCAAGAGUGGCACCACCGUCAAUGCUGAGACUAUAAAGGGCGGCUCCAAAGAGUUGAAAGAUGCUGAGAACUCGGUACGACCGGGCACAUUUCCGAGCGAGAUCGUCAUCAAAUGGCACCCAUGCGUCCUCACCUUCAGCCUUCUCAAAAAAGAGAUCAAAUUGGGUGUCCUCAAGACCAAGCAGGCCAGGGUCGAAAGCCUCGAUAUCAAGGCUAUCACCGAUUUCUCCUCUGACAAUACGACUCAUGUGGUGGUAAACAAGCGAAACACCGCAAAGGGUUUGCAGGGUUUGGUUGCAGGCAAAUACUUGGUCGCUGAGUCGUUCAUCGACGCACUGGAGUACGGUGCCACCCCGCAGAAUCUCAGCCAGGAAGAAAACCUCUCUCUUCUGGAGACGGACUUUGAUAGUGCAUGGCCGAAUCCAAAGGACCAUCUUCCCCCACCAGGGAAAGAGCCCAGCAUCAGACCGGCAGAGUCCUAUCAGCCAGACCCAGCACGAGCGACCAUCUUUGAAGGCUACACUUUCGUCUUUGUUGAUCAAACUCAGUAUGACAACCUGCUUCCCGUCAUCACUAGUGGUCACGGCAAAGCGAUGAUGUUCAAGAUGGUCAAUGGCGAGACGACUUCAAAUAACCUGAUAGACUUCCUUCAAAAUGCGGCAGGUCACAAAGCUAAUGGUCAACCCAAAACUACUGCAGAAUCAAAGGUGGUGUUGGUUCGAUGGUCAGGCAAAGACGACAUCCAGGAGUGGAUGAACGAGGUGAUCAGUGAGACUGCUUUGAAAAUGGAUCAGCGAGCCAUUGACCAGUCCGAGUUCCUGGAUGCUAUACUGGCGAACGAUGCCGGACUGCUUCAACAGUCUAUUCCUUUCGAAAGUACAAACGAUGGCAAGGUUGCGCCUGCCAAUUCUUUGGUCACAAGACAGCCCAGUGAGGUCCGAGCGAACACUUCAUCAGAGAGAACCAUGCUGGACAAACCCCACGCAACAUCUGUCUCCUCAGCGCCGAGUGGAGCUGCACCAGAUGAUGUCGCAGAGAAGGUCUUUACUCGACUCGCAAACAAAACUACACCGGCAGCGGAACCGGGACAGUCACAAAUCUCUUCUCGCAAUGUCUCCCAAGCCAGCAGCAAGAUAGAGAGUGCUCCUCGGCCGUUCUCCGGACCUCGAUUUACGCAGAAGAGUGGCUUCAAGCAUUUCGAUGACGCUUUUGAUCCGGAUGAGAUUAUUGACUACGAGGGCGAUGAAGACGACGAGGCCGAGGUUCUGAGCCCGGAAGCCCAACAGAAGAUCCAACGACAAACAACGAAAAUCAAGGAAGAACCACAGUCUGUGAAGAAGAAACGUCCUCGUUCGCCUAGUCCAGACGCAGAACAUGCGUUCGCUGAAGAGAUGGAUGACCUUCUUCCAGCAGCUGCAGCAUUCAAAAGACAGAGGACGGCACAAGCACGAGCCAACGGACAAGCUGGGAGUAAGCAGGCAGAGACAAGCCAAAUGGCCGCGAAGAAAAUCAAGAAAGAGCGCGAAAUUGAUGUUCGAAAGGUGGUCAAAGCAAAGCGCGAAGAAGAAGAGGAAGCUGCACGAAGGGAACAAGAGCAAUUUGAGGCAAUGGGCGACGUCGAGGACAAAACACCCGCCAACUUAGUCACUGUGGUAAACAUGGAGCUUCCUUUGCGAGAACGGUCGAAGAACCUCAAUAAAGUCAACGGUGCUCAUGGUGACAACUGGGAUCCUAAGUGGAAUGGACGGACGAAUUUCAAAGGGUUUCGUAGGAAGGGCGAACCCGCUCAACGUAGAGGGCACGCUACCAAAGUCAUUGUCCCGCUUGUUGCGGUUGAGCAGCCUACCCAGGGCUUAGGUGAUCAGUAUUGGCCGAAGACAAAUGGGGAGAAAGAGCGUGAGCAUGAGAAGAAGAGGAAGGAGGAAGCGAAAAGUCGGAAGUCGCAAAGCCAGACACAGCGGUCAACUGGUACUCUCAGCGGAAGAUCUAGGGUCAAUGUCAUUUCUGAGGACGAGGAUGAGAAUCCCGAUGAGGUUGAGCCUCAAAACGACGAUGGCGUUUCAUCAAAUUCUCCAGCCACGACUCGGCUUCAGCGUGAAGCUGCUGAAAUUGUUGAUCAUAAAAUUGAUCCUGAUACCCCAAGGCGGACACGUGCCGCUGACAAGAGUCAAGCCGAAAGCCGCCACGACACGACGCAAGCCGCAGCCACUCAAUCAUCCACCGCCAGCGGGAAAAGGCCUGCCUCUAGUACACUCGGCAUGGACAAGGCCAAGCGCCAGAAAACACUACCUGUCACAGUCGUGCGAGGCAGCGACGGUGAGGAUGAUGACAGUGAUGACAUGAAAUUCCGCUUUGGCUCGAGGGCGAGGAAGGGCCGGGCUGCUGCUAAAGGAAAGUGA